AUCACUGUACCUGCGAUGGACUCCAGCGCGGGGGGAUAUGGCAUGGCUCGUCUUGGAUUGUUUUUGGUUUUGAUGGGGCUGUGGAGAUUCACCGACGCCUGCCCCGACUCGUGCACUUGCACCAUCUCAAGGAUUGUUUGUAUUGAUUCCGUGCCGGGGAUCGAGGAUUUCCCCGUCCUCGCGCUAGAUGACACGGAAAACAUCACCGAUAUAUACAUUUCUAACCAAAAUAGACUGUUUGAAAUCAACAACAACAGUUUGAUUCACUACAUAAACCUCAGAAACCUGACCGUGACUAAGACAAGACUGGCGUCUAUAUCGUCCAAUGCCUUUUCCAACAACAAGGCCCUUCAAUAUGUGAACCUCCGAGAUAACAAUCUGUCGACACUGUCAUGGAAAACCUUCGAGAACUUCAACGCUUCUUAUCCACUCAUCCUGUCUGGAAACCCUCUGGAUUGUGUUUGCGAUAACUUGUGGAUUAAACUGAGGCUCCAGGAAGAGGCCGACGGUCAAGAGCUGAAAUGUAUAGAUGAGAGACGAGCGAUAAAGUCCUUCGCUGCACUCACCCCUCCAGACUGUGUGGUUCCCAAAGUGGAGGUCACCCCGAGGACCGUGACCAGGAUGCAGGGCAGCAACGUGAAGGCCGUGUGCAGCGCCUCGGGCUCCCCGCGUCCCGACAUCCGCUGGAACCUGGGCACCAUCUCCACCCCCAACAAGACGGAGCCGCUGGAGGCGGGCAGCAGGCUCGUGCUGUCCGGCCUGUCCCCGGACGACAACGGCAGGGUGAUCGUGUGCAGCGCCGAGAACAUGGUCGGGCAGAUGGAGGCCACGCUUCUGCUCAACGUUCUCUUUCCCCCCACCAUCCAGCAGCUGCUGGGCCCCGAGCAGGACCACCACUGGUGCAUCCCGUUCAGCGUGACGGGGAACCCCAAGCCGGAGCUGCGCUGGUUCCACGAGAACAUGCCUCUCCAGGAGCAGGACUACAUCCGCACCAUGAUCCACCUGUCCACGGAGAGCGAGGACCACGGCUGCCUGCAGCUGGUCAACCCCACGCACAUUCACAACGGCAUGUACAGGCUGGUGGCCAAGAACAUGUACGGCUGGGACGCCAAGAACGUCACCGCCCUGUUCAUCGACCCGCCCGACAACCACACAGAUGACAUGUUCUACUACUACACCACCGACCCACCGCUCCCUCCGCUGGAUGACAGCGUCGCAGUCUAUGUUGUUGUGGGAAUUGCAGGCAUUGCCUUAACCGGCUGCAUUCUGAUGGUGAUCAUUCUGAAAUACGGAAGAAACUCCAAGUUUGGGAUCAAAGGCUCCUCCUCAGUCAUCAGUAAUGACGAUGACUCUGCCAGCCCUCUUCAUCACGUCUCCAAUGGCAACAACACCCCGUCGUCCUCGGAGAUGGGUCCAGACGCGGUGAUCAUUGGGAUGACAAAGAUUCCUGUCAUUGAAAACCCACAGUACUUCCGUAACUCCGGCAGUAUGUUGAAAUCUGACACGUUUGUGCAGCACAUUAAGAGGCACAACAUCGUGCUGAAGCGGGAGCUGGGCGAAGGAGCCUUCGGGAAGGUUUUUCUUGCUGAGUGCUACAACCUGACCCCGGACCAGGAGAAGCUCCACGUGGCUGUCAAGACUCUAAAAGAGGCCAGCGAGAGCGGCCGCGCCGACUUCUACAGGGAGGCCGAGCUCCUGACCAACCUGCAACACGAACACAUCGUCACCUUCUACGGCGUGUGUGUGGAGAGCGACCCGCUCAUCAUGGUCUUUGAGUACAUGAAACACGGCGACCUAAAUAAGUUCCUCAGGUCCCAUGGUCCUGAUGCGGUGCUAAUGGCAGACGGUCAACACAGCAUCCUGGUGGAACUCACCCAGUCCCAGAUGCUGCACAUUGCCCAACAGAUUGCUGCUGGCAUGGUCUACCUGGCCUCCCAACACUUUGUCCACAGAGACUUGGCAACCAGGAACUGCCUGGUAGGAGAGAGCCUGCUGGUCAAGAUAGGGGACUUUGGCAUGUCCAGAGAUGUUUACAGCACAGACUACUACAGAGUGGGUGGCCAUACGAUGCUACCAAUCCGCUGGAUGCCUCCAGAAAGCAUCAUGUACCGGCGGUUCACCACAGAGAGCGACGUGUGGAGCCUCGGCGUGGUUCUGUGGGAGAUCUUCACGUACGGAAAGCAGCCGUGGUACCAGCUCUCCAACAAUGAGGUGAUCGAGUGCAUCACCCAGGGCCGUGUGCUGCAGCGGCCCCGUACCUGCCCCAAAGAGGUGUACGACCUGAUGCUGGGCUGCUGGCAGAGGGAGCCCUACAUGAGGCUGAACAUCAAGGAGAUCCACAGCAUGCUCCACAGCCUCGCCAAGGCCUCGCCGGUCUACCUGGACAUACUGGGCUGAGUGUGUGUGUGUGUGUGUGUGUGUGUGUGUGUGUGUGUGUGUGUGUGUGUGUGUGUGUGUGUGUGUGUGUGUGUGUACACAACCCGGCUGUAAAUGUUACUGUAAAUGUUAUGGUCCGCGUCCUCAUCACGUCAAGACAAGCCUUAAAUUCUGAGUGACUUGGUUUCGCGUUUUUAUUUUAUUUUUUCUCAUCAUGACUGCAGAUGUUACAGUACGUUCCAUGAAACACAGGAUUGUGUAACCAGACGCUCCACAUGCAGUGUGUACAAACGAGUGGAAGUCAAUAAUCAGACAUGUUGACUCCUGAGGCAUUCUCACAUCACGCUCUCAUGUUAUUUCAUGUUUAAUAUGUGCUGUGAGUGAACAAAAGGGAAACAUUGUGGCUCUAAACUGCAUAGUGUAAAGACACAAAGUUGUAGAUAAAACACAAAGCAACAUAUUCUACCAGAAGAUAAAACUACUCAGUGGAAGCUGAGGCUUUUAUUGCUUUUAUUUGUCCUGGGUAUUUGCAGAAUAUUAAGUAUCAUUUUCAUUUUUUUUAUUUUUUCCAAAACACAUUUGGAUUUUGACCUUAUGUGUAAAUCGUUAUAGAGGCUUGUGGCAAACCCCAUAUAAAUUGUGUUAUAUGAGAACUUCCCAAUGUAAAAUCAACGUGGAGUUUAAAAAACACAGGGGCAUACAGCAUUUUUCCAGUCUGUUCCAAAUAUUGCCACCUCCGUGUUAUGUUUGCUGUAAAUAUCUCUUCAUAUAUAAGUGGAAUUAGACAAAGUAGUGUACUCAUUUAAACGAGCUUUUCUCCUAAAGCACAGAGGACGUGGUGGUGGCGAGUGGUGCCUGUCUGAAAAAACACGAGCACAUGUUGCUUUGGUUUUGUUUCGUCAUUAAGCAGCGAUGUCCACGUCUGAGAGCGCUGUGGUCUCAUGAGCAUCUGUAAAGACUGACCGUUGCAACGCGCUGCUCACGAGCCCGUUUCAUUCAAGCUGGCUUAAACAUAUGGAGGAUUUCUUUGUUUUUAUUUUGUCUUUGUGAGUGAGCUGAUGCGUGUUGGUUAUUUUAUUUUUUUUUACACUGUGCUUUAAAUCUCCAAUAACACUACAUCGCAGGCUAAAAGACUGCAGUAGCAGGAUUAAUUAAGAGUCUGAUUGCCCCUAAAACGUCCCAGGGGUGCUUUCAUCUCUUUCAGAAGCCUCGCCCCAAGCAGUGAUGAAGCACAUUUCAGAGGACAUUGAAACAUAUUUUGAAAUGUGUUGUUAAAGUCAAUUUUCAAAUGAUAUUUAAAUAGCUCUGUUUUCCUGACAGUACAAAAAUAUUCCAAUAUUAAAGUGUGGUGAUACGACCUAGUCAAAUCUGUGUUAAUCUGCGCAACAACGGUGGCGAUUUGUUCUUCGUGUAAAGCAGUGAGGCCCGUUGCUCGGACAUGUUGAGUGCACUUUGAUUGAUUGCGUCAAUUAAGCACCACCCUAAUGCACAACUUGACCGCUCUCCACCUCGACCUCACCUGCACUAAAUAACAAAAACCUAAACGUUUCCCAGUUUCUAUGUCAGCUGCGACUGAAGCAACUUUAAAACAAUGUCCAAAAAGAAAAAGACAGUUUUUGUGUCCCUCAAUGUUUUAUUACAGCAUUUGUUAGUUUUGUAUAAUCGUCAUGUGUCUGCUGUAUAUAUAUAUAUCGCUGUCCAUUCUGUACAGUUCUGAUAUUUGUCUAUAUGAAUAGUAAGCUACGUUUAAUAGUAUAUUCUGUUAAAGCAGGUAUCAUGUCAAAACUGUGUGAUAUCUAUUGAAGACAAUGUGUCAUGGGCCACUGGCAAUACAUACUAUAUGUAAAUAUGAUUUAAAUUGUGCUACAUUGUAUAAUUUAUUUGUGCUUGUUCAUAAUACCAGUGAGAAUACAAUCUUUUUUUGGCAACUUUUGAUCUGCAGAGGACUUGCUUUGAACAUUUUUUUCUCUGAAGAAGAAAAAAAAAAAGAUCUGUUCUUUCCUCUCCACUGUGAUGGGGAGUUUACAAACAGAGGCCGUUUGAGAUGAUGUCUGUCUCUAGGAGGAUCACAGACUCUGAUUCAACAUCACAGUCUCUAUGAGCCGACGGGUGUCCUAGCAGCCGCGUGGCCGACGGAGGUCAAAGGUCGCGCCUCCUUGCCAACCCCACUGCUCAACCUCUGUCUGACUGUAGCCUAUUUUGAUCCUCUUUCAGAUGAAUAACUGUGACUUUGCAUCAUGAAUAGUAUAUUAUUUUGAAUGUAAUCUAGGAGGGUUGGGACCUUUUUUGAAUGUAAUCUAAUGUGGGGGGGAGAGGGUUGAUGAUUUUUUUUGUAAAUAGAUGUAUGGUAAAAGAAAAAAAAAGAUUUUCAUUUUUGUGCAGAUUACAAAUUUUACUUACAGUGUGAAUACGAAGAAUGUGAAUGUGUCUGAGAUAUUGUAUGCAAUGUAUGCAGGUGUGUGUGUGUGUGUGUGUGUGUGUGUGUGUGUGUGUGUGUGUGUGUGUGUGUGUGUGUGUGAGCACUCUCUCCUGGCAGAUUUAAUCCUGCUUAAUCAGCCAGUUCUAUCAAUCAAUUCAAUGCUUUGUGCAUCAUGUGAGUAGCUUAUCCACAAUUAAUGGAAAUGUUCCUUGUGAUACUGUGCAUUUAAUAAAGGUGGUAUGUCUUACAAUA